UCCUGGUCAGCAAUGCUUGCAAUCUUCGUACUGGCUGGAUACCGACAAUCUUUCCAUUUGAACUUUCUCAGUGCAACCUAAGAAACAGGUUAUGACACUUUAGCCUUCAUUUUAUCAAUAUUCAGACUGGAAGCUUAGAAAUUUCAGGAUAUAUAUGCUUAGUGCCACUUAUUUUAGCCUUCAUUUUAUUAGGCUAAAAGCAUUCUUCAUAUAGUCACCUUUUGAACCUCUAAACUAGAAACGUGGACAUAGUAUAUGUUUCCAGUUAUGAUUACCUUUUGAUCCACUUCAUUGCCUUGUAACUUUACAGGAAGCUAGCGUGGACUGGAUCAUUCAUCUUGAUACUGAUGAGCUAAUGCAUCCAGCUGGAAGCCUGGAACUAGUGAGUAUUCUUUACGGAGACUUCUAGCAGAUAUACCUGAAGAUGUUGACAUGGUCAUAUUUCCUAACUAUUGUUGAGAGAGAUGAUGUGAAGGAACCUUUUAGUGAAGUCUCGAUGUUCAAGAAGAAUUAUGACCAUCUCACAAAAGAAAUGUACUUUGGAAACUACAAGGAAGCAACUCGUGGUAAUCCUAACUACUUUUUGACUUACAGAAAUGGAAAAUCAGCUGCUCGAGUUCAAGAUCAUCUUCGUCCUAAUGGUGCUCAUAGAUGGCACAACUACAUGAAAAGCCCAAAGGAAAUGGAGGUGAUCAAAUUUGAAGGGUCGCCACAAGUCAAUUUGAUCUCAUUGAAGUGGAAGUGGAUAGUGAAGAGUUUUUGAACUAUUGUAAAAAUUUGAAUACAUUAUAUUUGAUUUUGUCAAAUAUAUUCAUCGCUAGAAUAUAUGUUGAACUAUUGUAAGAGUACU